GGUCGACCAGGCCCCGUUCCCAUAGCAACGCGCGCGACGCGACGCCAGAAGCGCCAGGCGGCCGCUGGGCCUAGAUCCGCCGGGACGCGCAGGAGGCUCCUUCCCGCCUUCCCCUCACGCGGGGCCGGCAGGGGGAUGCGAGGCGACCCCGGGGGAGGGCGGCCGGGCCCCACUGCCGACUAACGGGCCUCCUCCUUCCCCUUCAGCUAUAGCGCGCUGCUGUUCUCGAGGCAUGGCUUCCCCGGCCCCUCCGGCCGUGUCCGUACCCGCCUUCCAGUUCCGCCCGCGGCUGGAUCCUCCGGACUGGCGCCGCCUGAGCGCCGUGGACGUGGACCAGGUGGCGGCCGAGGUGGACGUGGCGGCGCUCCAGGAGCACCUGGCGCACGUGGCCUUCUGCGACGCCGGCCGGGAGCGCUGCCCGCGAUGCCAGGCGCCUGCCAACGCGCUGCUGUUGCGGCUCCUCCGCCUGGCGCAGCUGAGCCUAGAGUACCUGCUGCACUGCCAGGACUACCUGGGCGCCGAACUCCGCGCCACCCAGGAGCUGCUCAGGGCCGCCGACGCCCACCGGGACCUGCUGGCCAAGGACGUGGCCCGGGGAGCCCAGGAGGCCAGGCUGCUCCGGGAGGAGUGCAAGAGGCGGAAGAAGAUCAUCGGCACCCAGCAGAUGAUGCUCCAGGCGGGCGCCGCCUGCCACCAGUGUCAAUUUUGUGACAAAGCUUUUAUGAACUAUUCCUUCCUGCACAGUCAUUUGCAACGUCGCCACGCAAAGGAACCACGCUCUGAUCAGAAGCAAAAAGUGCAGACAGAUCAAUUACAGGAGGAGAUCAACAAGCUGAAGGAGCAGUUACAGCUCACCAGGUCUCAGUUAGAAGCUGAGCAACACACUCACAUGGUCAAGUUGUCUAAGGAGUACGACGAACACAGAUCCAAGGAGGAAGAGAUUCGGCAGUUAUUUCACAAAUGGAAAGAAGAAGAAAAAGACAAGCUGGCCAGUGAACUAGAGAAGAUGAAAGAUAUGUUUAUGAAGGAAUUUAAAGAGCUAACUGCGAAGAAUACAGAAUUAGAAAAUCAUCUAUUAGAAGUGCAGAAGUCCAACAAUCACCUGAAAUCUAAUUUAGGCACAUUAAAAGAUAGCUAUGAAUUUCCAGAAGAGAAACAUCAGAGCGCUAUAGAUCAGCAGGAAGCAGUGCAGGCUUUUGAAAAACAGGACGCUGAGUGGAAGGCUAAACUACAAGCUCUUAAAGAAGAACAUGGCAGUGAAAAACGCAUGCUUACGUCCCAAAUUGAGAAGUACAAAUCACAUAGUGAGAACUGCAGUGCAAGCAACAUCUUCUAUAAGAAGAGGAUAGAAGAACUAGGCCAGAAACUGCAGGAGCAGAAUGAACUUAUCAUUACGCAGAAGGAGCAGAUAGAGAAACUGGCUACAAAAAAAUCAGUGGAAAGCGUCAAGUCAUCUGAUGUGAAAACUUCAACACAGAAUGUUGUUCAGCCUAAAUCAAGUGUAUCGUCCAUGCGUGAAACAGAAAAACAUGAGCCCAAAGUAGUGAGGAAUAAACACCAUACAGCCCAUUCUUUGAAGAGCACUCCUUCAGUACCAAGAGAGCUGAGAUCUGUUUUGGAGCAGACCCUAGCAGAGAAAUUGGAAUCCUUGGGAAUUAAAUCAGGAGUUCAUGGUAUCCCAAGUGAUCAUUUGAACAGGGUCUUAAUGUCUGUGGAAUCUGCUAGAGAAGAAAGAAAGAAACAAAUCCCCGACAUUCAGCUUAUCCGGGAGCAGCUCCAGCAGCAAGUCAACUUCAGGGUUAUGUCUUGCAGCAGACUUUAUUCCAGUUCCUACCUUUCUCCAGAAGCUAAGAACAGGGUAGCUCAGCUUGGGAGGUCGCUGUCAACUGUGUUACCCAAAGCAGCAAAACGUCCAUCUGUUUGCCAAACGCCCAACCGUACAAAGACCAGUUGCUGCUGAAAACACCACCCCACCAAAAACCAAGAAGAAUGCUUUGGGAGAUGAAAUCCCCCAAAAGCUGCCAUAGUGUUACGUAAGUCUUCAGUUUGGUUUUCUGUGCGCAAUAUUCUGAACUUGAUUUAAACAAUGCAAAGAAGAAAUGUCAAAUUGUAUACAUGCCAUUUUACCUAGGUUCAGGUUUGCCAGUUGCUUGAAAUGGUGAGGUAAAGAAUUGGGGUGGACAAGCAAGCAAUAGAGGCACAACAAAAAGAACAGGAAGGGGAGAGACACGGGUGUGCAGGAUACCACCCCUAAAUGGAAGUGCUGCUACCACUCCUCUAAUCCCUUGGCUUCAUCAGAAACUAUUCGCAGAUUUCUACAGCCAUGGUGGCUGAAGUCUCUUUUUUUAAAGACAUGGUGAAUCAGAUUGUGUAGUAAAACCAGCCAAGACAGAUGUAUAACUAUGCUUACUUUGCGCUGUGCGUACUAUAGGUAAGGUCAGGGGUUCAAAUCCGCACAACGGGGGCGAGCUCCCGUUGCUCUGUCC